AACCCCACAAUUGUUCUUUUGUGGCUUUGGCAGGAUUUAUUUUUAUUCGUUGUGCUUCCCAUGUCACCCCAGCCUCUAGUAGCUCAUUUCAUGGUAAACCCUGUUAAGUAGCUAGUGUCCUGCUGUUAUGUGUAGCUGUGGGUUGAUAUUAGAGUGGCGCAGCGGAAGCGUAAUAGGUCGUGUUCUGUUUCUAGAAAGUGAUGAGGCAAUUGUUUUGUCUCGGAUUGUAUGAAGCCAUUCACCACUUGAUAUGGUCCUCAAUUUGAGUUUUGGGGACAAAACUCCUUUUUAGGAGGGGUGAGUGUAAUAUCCCAAAUUUUCGAGAAUAUUUAAGUUGGAUUGUUGUAGUUCUCAUUGCAUGGAGGCUGUUGAUUCCACCCAACCACAACGGCGAAACCCAUUUGACCCCCAAAGACGAGUUCAGGAGGAGGUUCCAACUGAUGUGGUUCUGGAGACUCCAGCUUCAGAUGCUGAUAUACAGGCCGAGUCUCCCAGUGAUGAGGAUACACCUGUGGAUACUCCCCAGCAGAGACAGGGACGGGGGCAAGCUAAGCCCUUACAGAUGCCUACAGAUGGGACGAAGAUCCCAUUAGAGCUAGAUGAGUAUGGUGGUUUGCCACAACAGCAAACGUAUGAAUGGGAUCUUGCGAUUGAGAAUACUGUAAAAGAUUUAUGGAACAUGACAGCAAGGAUCAAGUUCAAGCAUGCACUUAGUGAGUUGAAAGCUAAGUGUGCAAAGAGAAACUUUCAAGUUAAGCCUCCAGAUAUGAAUCCAGAGUUAUGGGCGAAGCUUGUUCAUUUAUGGACUGAGGACGAGGGUCAUUUGAGAAGGUCAAGUUCUGCAAAGGCUAAUCGAGCAAAAGGACCGAGGGUGACGCAUACUAGCAGUUCAAUGGACGUUAAUGUUUAUAGAAAGAAAAUGCAACAGGCAAACCCCGAGGGUCGUCCACCAACAUAUCCUGAGGUCUACACUAAUAGAAGGCAACACAAAGGAAAAGGAAAAGACCAACUGCCUGUAUAUUGUAAUGAUGAGGCUCAAGAAAUUGGAGAAAAAUUGACCGCUGAAUAUGCUACUAGACAAGAGGAAGAAGGAUUUGACCCUACAAUACCUCAUGCUGAGAUAUUACUUAAGGCAACUGGUGGGGUCAAGAAAGGAUGGUUGAAAGGUUUGGAUAUACACACACAUCCACAGGAUAUAGGUGUGAGCACAUCUAGACGAGAACCAUUCAGGCCACCCAUUAUCGGACAGUCUAAUAAGGUUAUCGAAUUAGAGCAGACUGUUGAAUCAUUAAAGGCAGAUAAUCAAAACCUUCGACAACAAGUGUUUAAUGUUUUGGCAGAUAAUGAUAGCCUACGGCAGCAACAAUCGACCCUUGCGACACAGAUGCAGCAACUCUACCAGCAUUUAGGGAUGACCCCAGCGGAUACCAGUGGGACAGUCACCCCUAGGACACCCCGUGAUAUUUAGGUUUUUCAUAUUUCAAUUAAAUAUUUGUACUGACU